GAAGCAGCCCCGGCCACGGUACAGGGGCCCGGCGUCCGGACCGCGGGGCCGGCGCUACGAUGCCGGUCACCGGCAAGAGUUUCCGCCGGCGCCGGGCCGACUCAGAGUCGGAGGAAGAUGAGCAGGAAUCAGAGGAGGUUCGACAAAAACUGAGGCUCCUAGGGAUGAGGCCGCCGCACAAUAGGGAGAGGUAUCCCCAGGAUGCACGAUUAAAACUAGAAGAGACCCGCGAGGUGCAAAACUUGAGGAAGAGGCCCAACGGGGUGAGUGCUGUGGCCCUGCUGGUGGGAGAGAAGGUACAAGAAGAGACCACCCUAGUGGAUGAUCCCUUUCAGAUGAAGACAGGCGGUAUGGUGGACAUGAAGAAACUGAAGGAAAGAGGCAAAGAUAAGAUCAGCGAAGAGGAAGACCUCCACCUGGGGACAUCAUUUUCCGCUGAAACCAACCGAAGGGAUGAGGAUGCUGACAUGAUGAAGUACAUUGAGACAGAGCUGAAGAAGAGGAAAGGGAUUGUAGAACACGAGGAACAGAAAGUCAAGCCGAAGAAUGCAGAGGACUGUCUUUACGAACUUCCUGAAAACAUCCGUGUUUCCUCAGCAAAGAAGACAGAAGAGAUGCUUUCCAACCAGAUGCUGAGUGGCAUCCCCGAGGUGGACCUAGGCAUCGACGCUAAAAUAAAAAAUAUCAUUUCCACGGAGGAUGCCAAGGCCCGUCUGCUGGCAGAGCAGCAGAACAAGAAGAAAGACAGCGAGACAUCUUUCGUGCCCACCAACAUGGCCGUGAAUUACGUGCAGCACAACCGAUUUUAUCAUGAGGAGCUCAAUGCCCCCAUACGGAGAAACAAAGAAGAGCCCAAAGCCCGACCCUUAAGAGUGGGUGACACGGAGAAGCCAGAGCCUGAGCGAUCCCCUCCUAACCGCAAGCGUCCUGCUAAUGAGAAGGCCACCGACGACUAUCACUAUGAGAAGUUCAAGAAGAUGAACAGACGGUACUAAGGGUGGCGAAAGGGAAAAGUGCAGAAUGGGAUGUAAAUAGUGCUGUGCCUUCCGUACCCCUCCCCCCGCCCCAACAAAACGCUUCCUGGACAGAGGUUUGCUUAUUUGCUAGCAGACCAUUCCAAAAACAGACUCUAUUAGCCCUGCUGCUUACCUGCUGGAUUUUUCAGGCACCGCAUUUAUAACCUUUUGAAACAAAACAAUGUGUAGUUUCCCUAUUUGAGGGCAAACUCUUAUUCUUGUGAGCAUUAUUAAAUCUUGUUUGUAAAUAUGUUGACUUUCUCUUAAUAUUGGCCCCAGGGCAGGAGGAAACCUGUGUUCAGAGUGAGAUGAAACCCUUUAGAUUGUGCUGUUAAUUAUUAAUAUAUGCAAUCGUGUGCUCUACGUUCAAAUACCUGGAGUUCAGAAAUGCAUCCUGCACUGUUUAUGCCGGAUCCAGCUGAAAGCAGAAAAAUCUAUAGGAUGGAAUCAAAGGGACACUGGCAUUUUCUGACUUUUACAAAGUUACCUAUUUCUUUUCAUUAAGAAAGAAAAAAUUUCUAUCAUUUUCAGCACUUAAGUAUUAAAUAUGAAAC